CAAGCGCAUAUAUAUUCCACCCCCACGGGAGUGACAUCUCCAAUGCCGUUAGAACAACCCCUUCGUCUGUAGGGUCUCAACUCGAAGUGUCUUAUAUCUGUGCCUUUCCGUAUACGGACAACGAAUGUUAGGCCUUGUUAUCAACCUCGAUCCUUUUCUCUUUUCUUUGUUUUUUUAAAUUUGUUUCAAUCGUCUUAAAAUAUGGGAUAUUGUUGUUCUUCGGAUAGUACAUGCAUAAAUUAGAACUUAAGUAAAUGCACUUUUCGAGUAGAGUACCAAUUUCGAAAAUAUGGCCAUUUUCUAUUAAUAUUCAGUUAGACAUAAAUGGCAAAUUCAUUCUAAAAUAAACAUUGAAAUGAUAGAAAAAAUCAAAUGAAUGAAGGCAGUUUUAAAACUGAAAGGACCAAAUUAAAGUUUUCAUUAUACAAAACAAUAUGCACAAACAAUUUUUGUUGUUUGGAAUCUUAAUAUUUGUAUUGGCUACAAACCUCGAUCCAGGUGUGGCGAUAGAAUGCUUCAAAUGUGUCUCGCUCAACGGAAAUUAUAAGGCCUGCGAUGAUCCGUUUCACAACAAUUACACGCUAGAGAUUCUUGAAUCACCAUGUUUAGGAGGGAGGAAAGGAAGGAAUGGACUUUUCCCAGCUACAGCUUGUAUAAAACUGAGUGGAGUUUAUGAUGACAAUGGAGACACAAUAACAAUUCGAGGAUGUGCACUGGAUAGCGGGACACUGACUACUGACACAGAAAUUAUUAGAAUGUCCCACUGUGGUGGAUUUUAUUUUGAGGAUAGAUAGGCCACAUUUUUGCAUGUAUUAUCCCCUAACGCCCAGAUAGAAGCUCAGGUAUUCUUGAGGUUAGACCUUCGACCACUAAGGGGUGUAAGACUUUUUAAUUGGAAAAACACAAAAAUAAGAAACUCAAGGUAAUUAAAAUGAAUAUCAUUCUCAUAUAUUCUCAACUUAACCGAAAUAUCCCCAAUCAUCCAUAACACUAACUCAACAAUCUCUAAACUAACCUAAACAUUCCUAACUUAACCAAACAUCCAUUACCCUGACGCCUAACCUUAAUGUUCCUGACAUAACAUAUCCCAAGCACUCCUCAGAAAUGCAAACUCAAUUAUGCAAAAAAAAUGCGUAUGCAGGCCACAAAAAUCUACAUUAAUAUUUAUUACAUUGCUCCUUGAACAAUGAUAAACAUACUUGACACACUGAACAACAUAAAUUAUGAAAAUCUCAUCAGAACUAUAUAAAAUGAAGUUACCGUU